AUGGAACGGGAAAGUUUUGCAGUCAUUUUUGAGCACCAGUAUCGGCCCCAGUUGGUGAUGGCGUUUGCGAUUCCGUUGUCUCAGCAACUUUCGGGGAUCAACACUGUCGCCUUUUAUGCGCCAAACCUGUUUCAGUCUGUGGUAAUCGGCAAUAACUCGGCGUUGCUUUCGGCUGUUAUACUGGGACUCGUCAACCUUGCUUCCACUCUUGUCUCAACUGCUGUUGUUGAUCGAUUUGGUCGAAGGCUCUUAUUCAUUGUGGGUGGCAUUCAAAUGCUACUUUGCAUGAUUUCGGUGGCUGUUGUGUUGGCAGUGGGGAGUGGUGUUCAUGGUACAGACCAAAUUUCAAAGGGCAACUCCAUUGCUGUGCUGGUGCUAUUGUGCUUCUACGCCGCAGGUUUUGCUUGGUCGUUGGGCCCUCUUUGCUGGCUGAUUCCAAGUGAGAUAUUCCCAAUGAAGAUCAGAUCCACGGGACAAAGCAUAGCCAUUGCUGUGCAGUUCUUGACAACAUUUGUUUUAUCCCAGACAUUCUUGACAAUGCUAUGCCACUUCAAGUUUGGAGCUUUUCUCUUCUACGCUGGUUGGCUUGUACUCAUCACCAUCUUUGUUAUACUGUUCUUGCCCGAGACCAGAGGCAUUUCUUUGGAUUCCAUGUAUGCAAUAUGGGGCAAACACUGGUAUUGGCGCCGGUUUGUUGUUGAAGGACAAGUUAUACAACCAAGAUAAUCUUUCAAUGAACUAAUUAGUAGUACAUGUAUAUAGGGUUGGUCUUGUUUGUAAGCAUGAAAAGAAAAUUAUCUGCAUGAAUUCUAUCGAUGCAAGAAAUUCUACUAGAUAAACGCUUAUCUAAUUGUAAAGGGCUUAAAUAUCUAAUUGUAAAGUAUGUACAAUGUAUUGCAUGGCUGCACUAUUCCA